AUGUCUCCCCCGCGCAAACGUCGCCGACCACCGAAGUCAUGUGAUCCAUGCCGUCGUCGUAAAGUCCGUUGUGACCGGGAAUUUCCAUGUGGUCAAUGCGAGCGUGCAAGAACGUCCCUACAGUGCUUCUACGGUCCCGGAGUCGCGGCUCCUUUGGUGCCAGAGGCACAUACGCCUCCUUCCCAAGCCGUGGAGCCGCUCACACAGAGCCGCCCAUCUGGACCCACUUCCCACUCGCCGCCUCCGGACCAAGAUCAGGAUCAAAACAAGAUCAUUCAGGAUCUACAACGUCGUCUUCGGCGUUUAGAAGAACAGCUUCCUAGCCCUCCGACCUCUCAAGCCACGACCGGGCCUAAUGCCAUCAUCUCUCAGACUCAGGUUUUGCGUCACCUUCACGACCGAGUCCUCGGGGCCGAAGAGCAGCUUUCUAAUGCACCUCGUCCUGGUCCUUCGGUCAAUGGAUGGGCUAUUCCGGCCACCCUGCCUCGUCUACGUGUCACACCCGACAAGACGAAGCUGUUUGGCCCUGGUCACUGGCUGCAUACCGCCGAAAAAUUUCAAGUCCUUGGCAAAUUCGACGCCAAAGAAGUAGAGCCAUCGCUGGAGAAUGUGGGUACUAGAUCAGAGAUCGCCGGCAUCUUCAAGGACUGUCGGCAUCUUCGACAGGCCAUGAAAGCCCAAGAAUCGGUUCGACUCAACCAUCCCGUUCCGGACAUGCUGAGCACGCUCCCAAACCAAGCAGUAUGCGAUGUUCUGGUCGAUGCCUACCUCCGCACCUUCGAGCUCAUCUACCGGAUUAUUCAUAUCCCAUCCUUCCGGGAAGAGUAUCGUCAGUUUUGGGCCCAGCCGCACUCGAUCUCGACUCAUUUCCUAAUGAAGCUGGUCUUGAUCCUUGCCCUAGGAUCCACAUUCUACCCAGAUCGAAGCAAUAGGGUGCAUAUCCGCCGUCUCGCACACACAUGGAUCUUUGCCGCACAAUGGUGGCUAGUCGGGCCAUCGGAAAAGUCGACCGUCAAUCUAGACGGCCUACAAGUCGGUUGUCUCCUAUUACUAGCCCGCCAAACGAACAGCCUUCCAGGCACGAGCUGGCUCUCCGCGGGGUCCGUGCUACGCAUGGCUAUAUCGAUGGGACUGCACCGCACUCCCGACCUCUUUCCCGCGCUAUCAGUGUACCAGUCCGAAAUGCGGGCCCGACUCUGGGCGACGGUACUAGAACUGACGUUACUAUCGUCACUAGAUGCCGCUAUGCCCUUACCGUUCUCCCUACAGGACAUUGACUACACGGCGCCGUCGAAUUUAUUCGACGAGCAGUUCGACCCCGAGACCGAGACGCUUCCCACCCCGCAGUCGAGUAAUCACCUUACCGACUCAUCUAUUCAGCUUCUACUGCUAAAGUCUCUUCCCGUGCGAGUAGAAGCGGUCCGGCUUUUAAAUAACCAGCACCGUCAGGGACUGUCAUACGAAACCGUAUUAAGGCUGGCAAAUGAAUUACGGUCGGCGUGCCGCGAUAUUGCCGCCUUAUUCGACACAAGUCGGAAUCAGUCGAGGCAUGCGGCCCGCAAUCCAGGCAUGACUAAUUUCCAUCUCCGGUUUAUCGACACGUACCUACAUCGAUAUAUCUUAUUCCUACAUCGCCCGUUUAUGAUCCAGGCUCGUAAAGAUCCUCAAUUCUACCUAUCCCGGAAAGUGUGUCUAGAAUCUUGCGUUGUGGUUGCAUCGUAUGCCGAUCAUCUCAGUCUACCGUCAGACACCUUAGAUGACCUCUCUCACCUGACUAUUGUAGGCCGAGGAUCCUUUAAAGGAGCAUUGAGCUUCGAUGUGAUUACCUCCCUAGGACUGGAAAUUAUCACACAACUCGAGGAGGAGGCUUCUACGCGACCCUUUGGGUCUUCGCCCCCGUUUGUUGCCGAUUACCUGGAUGAAAUGGCCAAGGCCCAUCGAGCGCCCUUGGUCCGGAGCCUAGAACACAUCCAGGAGCAACUGCUACAGAUUAUCGCGCUCGGAAAUCCCAGUCUGAAGCGAUAUAACUUCCUAUCCGCGAUUUUGAGCCAGAUCCGUGCAAUGGAGUCUGGUCAGCCGAUCCAACCCGCCAUUUACGAGACCGUUGAAGAAAGCCUUAAGAGAUGCUAUUCCUUGCUGCAGGUCUCUCAUGCAGCCAGUUCGCCGCAGGAAUCGGUGGAGUCGUUGACUACGGGGCCAGAUAGUCUUCCAGGCUUUGAUGUAGAUGCUUUAGAUCCUGCCUUGGGAUUGGAAAUUCCCAGCUUAUUGUUCUUCCCGGGUCUCAUGGAUACGUCGGGUAUCGAGUGGUAA